AUGCAGGGCUCAAUUGAGCAGAAUGGAACCACAUCAAGCAUUGUACUCUCCGAGUACGGACUCCACCGUGGCUUGAAAUCGCAUCAUAUUCAACUCCUUGCGAUCUCUGGUGUCAUUGGAACGGGUCUGUUUGUUGGAACAUCCAGCGUCUUGAACAGUGCAGGACCAGCCGGUCUUCUCAUUGGCUACUCGAUUUGGUGCAUUUUUCUCCUAUGUGUAGCUCAUGCGAUGGGGGAGAUGUCUGCCUUCCUCCCGGUACCUGGGUCAUUCGUCACCCACAUUGGCCGUUUCAUCGAUGAGAGUGCUGGUGUAGCGAUGGGUUGGAUUUAUGCCUACAGGAUAUUCACUGCAGCUGACUGCACCGCUCUAACUGGACUCUGGUCAUACUGGUUCCCUGACAUCAACCCUGGCGUGUGGGUUGCGGUUACUCUAGUGGUCGUCUUCGCGCUCAACUGUCUAGCCGUCAAGUACUUUGGCGAAGCCGAGUUUUAUGCCUCGAUCCUCAAAGUCUUCCUGAUCAUUGGCUUCCUCCUCUUUACCUUCAUCGUCGUCUUGGGAGGUAACCCGCACCAUGACCGCAUCGGAUUCCGAUACUGGAAGAAUCCUGGUGCUUUCAAUGAGCAGUAUAUCGAGGGUGGUCCUGGACGCUUCUUGGCCAUCUGGGGCGUCUUCAACACCGCAGCCUUUGCGAUUGGUGGUCCGGAUUUCAUCGCCAACUGCGCCCCCGAGGCAGUCAACCCGCGAAGAAAUAUCCCCAAGGCAGUGAAACGCGUCAUCUACCGACUUAUCGUUUUCUUUAUUCUGUCGGUAUUUGCCGUGGGACUUUUGGUUCCGUACAACGACCCGACUAUGCUCAGCGCCAUCGCAUCUGGGAAUGGUGUCGCCAAGUCUCCUUUCAUCAUUGCUAUGAACAGGUUGGAAAUCUCAUUUCUCCCUGAUCUCUGCAAUGCGGUUGUAAUCACCUCGGCAUGGAGUUGCACGAACUGCCUGCUGUUUCAAGCAUCUCGAACCAUCUUCGGUUUAGCUAAGAACGGCAGAGCUCCCAAGAUCUUCGCUAGGUCGACGAAGAGCGGUGUGCCUAUGCCGGCGUUGAUUCUGUCCACCGCAGUCGCCUCGUUGGCGUUCUUGACAUGCAAUACCGCCUCCGCAGUUGUUCUCAACUGGUUUAUCAAUCUUGGUUCGACUGCAAUCAUGAUUGCUUACAUCCUCAUGAUGGUGGCCAACCUGCGAUUCCACAAGGGCCUGAAAGUGCAGGGCAUCGACACAUCUGUUUUGCCGUUCAAGAGCAAACUCACCCCGUAUUCAAAUUACUUUGCAAUUUUCUGGGUCAGCCUUAUCCUCUUGACGAACGGUUACGGAGUCUUCAUCAAGGGCCACUGGAGCUUCUCUGGUUUCUUCACGGCGUACUUCACCAUAAUCUUCUUUCUGGUUAUUUACUUUGGAUGGAAGAUUGUGAAGAAGACGUCGUUUAUCAGGGCGGAGGAUAUGGAUUUCCAAACAGGUUUAGCCGAAGUUGAGGCUCAUGAGAAUUCUCUGAGCUUCAAGGCCCCGUCUUCACGAUACGAGAGGAUCAUGGAUUGGCUCUGGUAG